GUCUGCUGCCUGGGUGAGACCAUGAGUGAAGACCCCAAACGGGGCAAUGAAACCAGCAAGGUUGACGAGGAGGAGCAGGCCUGGCCCAAGGAAAGUGCAGAAGACUGCCAGGGAAGUCAGACUCCCAAGAAAGUGCCUUUCCAGGGUGAUUCUCAGGCUGGGGCGGCUUCAGCUGACCAGUCCCCCACUUGUGACCCAGGUCUGGAGAUCUCAGGAGACCGAGAAAUGGAGGAAGGUGGCUCCAAGGGCCAGGGCAAAGGAGGCUCUGGAGCCAAGGGUGGGCAGCGAGGCCCGAACCCCAAGUCGUCCAAAGGGAAGGGCGAGGAUCCCCAGGGCAUCCGGAGAGAUCUGGCUAAGAUUGAGCAGAAGGUGGACAUUCUGCUGGAGUGGAUGGAUCAGUUUACCAAGGAGGCUGGACCUCCGCCGGUUGUUGCUGAGAAGGAAUCGCCACAGUCUGAUCAGGCUCCGCCUCCGCCUCCGCCUCCGCCUCCGCCUCCGCCUGCUCCGUCUCUGCCAGCCCCGCAGCAGCAGCACCAGGGUGGUAAAGGCCACAAGAGGUCCAAGGGAGGCGCCAAGGCAGCUGCGGCCGAGCUUGGCGGCGGCGGUGGCAACAAGUCGGCCUAAAGGGGUGGAGCCUGGGACUGAGGGAUGCUGAAGAUCAAGGCCGGGGGACCCGCUGGGGUGGUUCCAGGACAAGGCAGCAGCAGCAACAGUGGCCCCCUCCCCAUAACACCUGGGCCAUCGUCUUAGAGCCAGCUUCACCUGGGUUCCCCCCCACCAGUAUCCUCCAGCACGAUUGUCCCCAAUCUUAGUCGCUCCAGGCUCCCUAGUUCAGCUUUCUUGAAGGUGGCCUCCCUUUGGCUCCCCACUGGUGGCCGCCCCUUCCACCCCCGCAGCCUUCCUCGGAGGCGCCCCCCAGUAAAGCAUCUGCCAUGUUGCUCCUGUAGCUCUCAUAACGUUUCUCUGCAGAUUUAACAAUAAAAAGCAUUCUCUUGC